CCCGCCGGCGGUGCCGGUGCCGCAGCCGCCCUCCCCGGUGCUGCUGCAGCCGCCGCCGUCGGCGGGGAUCGGCUCUCCCCGGUGGCUUCCCGGUGUCAGCGGGGGCGGCCCCGCCGGUGGCCCCGGUGCCGGCGGCGGGAGGUGUGGCCAGCGGCCGCAUAAAUCCUCCGCCGCCAGCCGAGCGCCGCCAGCCGCGGGCCGGAGCGCGGGCGCGGGGCCGCCAUGCGCGGGGCCGCCGGGUGCGCGCUGCCGCCGCCGCCACCACCGGUGCUACCGGUGCUGCUGCUGCUGCUGGCGGCGGCGGCGGGGCCGGGCGGUGGCGAGGAGGCGAUCCAGUGCCCGCCGUGCUCGGAGGAGCGGCUGGCGCGCUGCAAGGCACCGCAGGGCUGCGCGGAGCUGGUGCGGGAGCCGGGCUGCGGGUGCUGCGCGACCUGCGCCCUCGGCCGCGGCACCGCCUGCGGCGUCUACACCGCCCGCUGCGGCGCCGGGCUGCGCUGCUACCCGCCCCGCGGCGUGCCGCGGCCCCUGCACACCCUCAUGCACGGUCAGGGCAUCUGCACCGACCUGGCCGACGUAGAGGCCAUCCAGGAGAGCCUCCAGCCCCCAGAGAAGGAGGAGAUUGACCACCCCAACAACAGCUUCAGCCCCUGCAGCAUCCAUGACCGCAAGUGCCUGCAGAAGCAGCAGGCGAAGCGGGUCAACAACGGCAACAAGAUGCGCAACAGCGGGAGCCCGUACCACCGCGAGGAGACACGGCCCAUAGCACAGGGCUCGUGCCAGAGCGAGCUGCACCGGGCGCUGGAGCGGCUGGCUGCCUCGCAGACCCGCACACAUGAGGACCUGUACGUCAUCCCCAUCCCCAACUGCGACCGCAACGGCAACUUCCACCCCAAGCAGUGUCACCCGGCACUGGACGGGCAGCGGGGCAAGUGCUGGUGCGUGGACCGCAAGACUGGAGUGAAGCUGCCGGGCUUCCUGGAGCUGAAGGGGGACUUGGACUGUCACCAGCUGGCAGACAGCAUGUGAGCGCGACCGGGACACCCGCGGGGGCUGCACAGGAGAGGAAGAGAGGGGACACGACUGUCGAGCAGCUCCUGUGUGCCGGGGGACCCUGCCAUGCACCCCGGAUUGCUGCUGUGCUCUGCGCCACAGCACGGGGCACGGCACCACGACCUGCGCCAUGACCACUACCUGCCACUGCCGAGGGGUCCCUGGCACACCUCCAUUCUGCACGGGCACUCGCCUGGACUGAUGCUGCGCUGGGGCUGGUGUCCGGCUGCCGAUGGGAGAGCACCCACCAUCCUCCUGCCCCUCGGUACUGCUCCCACCCUGGGGUAACCCUCUGGUUUUUGCCCUGGCCCCUCUGUGCUGUGGUGUGGCUGGGGGACACGGAGCCUGGUGGCUGUGGCGGAGGCUUAGCCUGGCCCCACAGGCAGCCACGGACACGCCAGCGGCUGCAUCAGCAGCAUCACCCCUGCCCAUGGUGCAUUGUGUCCACGCUGGACCUCUGCAUGUGGCAGCAGCAGAAGUGCCUCAUCCGGCCCUCCCCGGCAGCAGGAGGAUGCCCAGGCAUGGACCGCGGGUGCCUAAAGAGACUCCCCCCGCCACCGCCUGCCUGGAGCCCUCCCUGCCUCCACCUGACCCAAAGCGUGUGCGGAAAAUGGGCACCACAGCCACACAGAGCAAUAAGAGACCUUCCCCCUGCCCACUGCAGCCCCCCAGCUCCACAGCCCGGCUCCUGCCUGCCCCAUGGCCCAGCCCCAUCCUCGCACAGGGACAAAGCCAGUGGCUGCAGCAUUUUCCUCCCAUCCAUCCAUCCAUCCAUCCAUCCAUCCAUCCAUCCAUCCAUCCAUCCAUCCAUCCAUCCAUCCCGUGUCUCCAUGCCCGGUCCCCAUGGGCGAGGGGGGUCAUGCACCCCCACUUGUCUUCUUCCAACUUGGCCAAUGUGACAAAACCAGGAUGAGUUUCUGGUGCAUCCCAGUGACGAGAUCUGCAGGUUUCGCCAGCACCAAGUUCUCAGCUGGGAAAUUGUCACCACUUCUGUAGCUACUUUUUUUUUUUUAAUUUCUUUUUUUAUUAUUUUUUAAGCUGGGCUGGAAGUUUUCACCUGAAUGGCUUUAGGUGAGGAGUGGCCGUGCUGGCUGCCAUGGCGGGAACCAAAGAUGGAGGGGAUUUUGCUGAUUUCCCCCAGAUCCACCCCCCCGCUCCAUGGCCUCGGUGGGAGGUUUUGGUUUUCUGUGUGGAUUCUCCCUGGUGGGUGCCAAGGCCCCGAUGGGAAUGAAAUGUUUCAGUUUUAGUGAAACACUCUGUGCCUCCCAGCAGCUCCCUGGCAUGGCACGGCAUGGCACGGCAUGGCAUGGCACAGCAGCUCCCAGCACUGUCAAGGAUGUCCCCACGUGUCUCGGCAGCAGUGCUGCCAUCCCGCUGGCCAGCGCUGGCUGGAUGGUGAGGACAGAACAGGGACAGGGCUGGCACCGGGCUCGGUGUUGCAGCUCAUCGGCACGUUUUUGUCUGGCUUCUUGUCCAUGUGCUGGUGUCCUCGUGUCACAUCCCAUGUUCCCAGGUUCACGUGUCCCAACAUGGCUCAGUGCCUUGUUGGACUCCUUGUGGAUCCCCUGCCUGCCCUGGCAUCGCCCUGCUGGAUCCCCUGCCUGACGUGGCAUCACCCUGCUGGAUCCCUGCCUGGCUGCGUGUGGCCCCGCUCGGAGGAGAUGACCCACAACUUCUAAGCUGAGUCGAUGUGCCAGGAUGGUCCUUGGUGGGAAUGGGGGUCCCAGCCCCUCACAGCACCCCUAGUGCCAGGAUGGGUUUCCAGGGGUGCUGCUGGGGACCAUGGCCGGUCCCAGAGCCGGUCCAUGUGCUGCACUGGCAGCACCAUGGCAGAUCCCAUGGGACCUCUCCUGGUUUGGGGUGGUCAGGGGGCAGUUGGGCAGGGACCAGGAACUUCUGUAUCCAGCUCGGAGGGCUCCAGCGUUUUGUAUUGUUUCUCCUGUAGGUUAAGGCUGUAUUUACACAUGAUCAUAUACCAGCGUAAGGCUCCCCAACCCCAGUGGCGUUUUUCCAUGCCGAUGUGAUUUACGUCAGUUUCUCCCAGGCCAAGCCUUCAGCCAAUCCCUUCAGCCUCCCAUGUAGCACCAACCCCCUUUUACAGUAAACUUGAACCUUUGUAUCGUCAACAAGAAAAAAAAGUAAUUCCUGUA